AUGCUACCUCAACAAGCCUCCAAACAUCGAAAAAUGUUCACUUCUGGAACCAGCAGCUCUGCCUCUCAUGAUGCUGAAAGACAGGCCGAACUUGCAGCUCGUGAAGCUGCAAGGGAAGUCGUACGAAAUUCCUCAAGCCCAACGCUGGAGGAAUUGUGCCGAUCCAUCAGUCCAUUCUCCCCUGAAUGCUUCGGAGAGGAUGUGGAGGCCUCUAGUCCUCCUUCCUCUGGGAGAGCGUCGGUGGACUCGGUGGCGAUAUACAACGCCACCGUCAGGGCUGAGUUGCAUGCAACUCAGUCUCUGCAAAGAAUCCAGCAGCUCGAAGGAGAGCUGAGCGUCGCCAGGAGGCAGGUGGAUGCUUUGCAAUGGAGCAGAGGCCUGCACACCAACGAACUGAAGGAGACGCAGGCCCUGUGCAAGCAACACGAGAGGGGAUCUGCGGGCAGUGCACGAGGUGCUGCCCAGGGCCCUCGAAGUGCACAGGGCCAAGGUCCGCGCCCUGCACCCGGAGGAGGAGGAAGAGCUGCUCCACCACUGCCUCCAGAAGGGGAACGUGGUGGAGACCUUCAUUGA